GCCAGCUAUUGAUUGAAAUAUUUUUAAUACACUUAAUUUUCACUUGGCAUAGAGUUUUUGAAAUUGUCGGCAUAAAACAAGAAGUCAAAAUGGACUUUUAUAAAACAACCUUGGAGACGGUCGAUUUGAAAAAGAAAUCCGUUCUGGUUGCCAAGGAAUUUGGUGAUGAGCAAGCCAAGCCAAAGAAAAAGGAUAAAAAGCCUUUACAUUAUUAUGCUCAGGAAGUUAACAAUAGUAUAUUUGCAAGAGGCCAUAUUAAAGUGAUAGAUGAAUACGAUGGGUUAAGCAAUGAUGUGACACCGAAAUCGAUACCAAAUGAGAUGUAUAGCGAACAGUUUAUGAAAUAUAAUCUACAGUUUAAGGUUGCCGUCGAGGAUAUGCAACUAUAUCAUUCACGAAGUGGUAAUGCACGAUCCCGAACACGUUCAAGUAUGCGUGGAGGACUUGGCGGCAAUAAGCAGUCCAUUGACGAUGUCAUGAAUGGGAUAACCUUUGAGAAUAUAAUUUUUGAUCCGCAAACUGUUAGCGAUAAGAGUUACGAAUCAAAAAUUAUUCCACCCUAUAAGAAAUCAUUUUUGAAAAUAACUUUACGUAAAACUGAGUUUUUUGAAUUACAUAAUCAAUGCAGUACAACAGCCAUAAAGGGUACACAGGAAGGUGAUCUGGCCGACUAUGAUAAUCGUCAAUAUGAUUAUCUAACAGUUGGCAAAGGUAAAAUACGUCGUCGUUCGGAUAAUGAUGCCCAAACGAGUGUCACCCUGACAUCGAGUCGAGCCGUAAACACCAUAAUGGUGACACACGCCACCGUCGGCUCUUAUGUAUCCAAUUUCGAGAUGUACGAUACUCUCAAUAAUAUGGUGCAAAAGUAUAGUAUACAUAGCACUUUACAUGGCCUAAGUAAAACGGGCAACUCGUAUACACAAUACGAUGAGGAUAAUCCCUAUGAGGAUGAUGAUUCCGAGCUGCGGGAAAAGGAACGUUCACAACGUUAUCGUCUAUUUGAAAGCGCUGAUUUUCGGAAUGCUGUCAUGUUUAUUGGUCGCACAUUAUCGAGUAAUACGAAUGAGUCGGGUAUGCGACGUUUUCGCAAUUUCGAACAGAUCGAUCGAUGUUCACGCGAAGCGGAAUAUUUGUAUUCAAUGAAAUUGCUAUUUCGUUUCAUACCGGUGCCAAGUCACGAUGAACGAAAGGCUGUCAGUGAUAUGAGCUUUUGUCGCAGUAAUGGUGAUAUUUUGGCCAUUGGCUAUGGCCUAUACUCGUUCUCAUCGCAACAGGUCCCCGCCACCGGAGAUGUCUAUGUGUGGAGCAUCAAGAAUCCGGGAGAACCGGAACGAGCUUUCUACUAUCAAAUGCCAGUGACAGCUGUUUGUUUCUCACCAUAUUUGCCAUCAUUGCUGGCCAUUGGCAUGUACGACGGCAGUGUCGAGGUUAGGGAUGUAAGUAGUCCUACCGAUAUGCCCAUUGCUGUAUCACAGCGUAGUACAUCGCCAAGUUGUUCGCCUGUGGUGGCCAUACGUUGGAUCAAACAGGCCGGUGAGAUUGAUGCCUCCGAUAUAGAUCCAUUUCUGAGUCUCUCCCAGGAUGGCUGUGUGACACGUUUUCGCAUUAACAAGAGCCCGUUCCUGUUGGCUUUCAAUCAAAUGGUUUUGGAACGUGUCGAAGGUCAUCCAGAGGGCAUAAUUGUACCCAUAUCACCUAUUUUGACUUGCGAAUCGAGCCGACAUCCCCAGGGAUUGUAUAUAACCACACAUCCCUUGCAUAAGGAUAUCUAUUAUAUUCUCACCGAUGAGGGUUGUAUUCACAAGUGUUCCAUCAACUAUCAGCAUCAAUAUCUGGAAGUUCUCAAGUGUCAUGAGGGCGGUGUGACUGUAAUGGAAUUCUCGCCAUGGUCUCCCAAACUGUUUCUCACCUGUGGCAAUGAUUGGCACAUUCGCAUAUGGAUUGAAGGCAUAUCACGUCCAUUGAUCGAACUGCAAGAUGAGUAUUCACCCGUUCAUUGGGCCAACUGGAGUCCCACUCAUGCAACCGUUCUAGUCUCUGUGAAUCGUAAUGGUGCCAGCGUAUGGGAUAUUCGUCGAAACAUACUCAAACCGAUGGCUAAACAUGAAAUGGACUCCUCCUACAAUACGGUGGCAGCUUUCUCCAAUUGUGGUCGCACCUUGGUGGUGGGCAAUGAACGUGGCAAUACUCUAUUUCAGGCCAUGAAUGACAUGCCAUUUGCUCCACAUUUUCAGUAUGAUGAACUUGAAAAGGCCAUCUACAAGGCCAUUGGCAAUGAUCAGGAAAUGUACAUUGAACUGAAAAGUAUUGGUUUCUUUGGUUAUCCCAAUAAGAAAUUCUUGAGACCAGUCUAAUAUAGCAUAUUUCACAUUGUAUGUAACUUAGGAAUGAACAUUUCAAGAAUAAAUAAAGAGAAUUAUUCUAAAAUUA